GGCUCCAGCACAUACUACUGUCUGGGAAAUGUCAUCAGUGCCCUAGGUGAUGAAAACAAAAAGGGUAGCUUUGUACCUUACAGAGACUCCAAGCUGACUCGUCUACUGCAGGAUUCUCUUGGCGGUAACAGCCAUACUCUUAUGAUCGCAUGUGUUAGUCCUGCUGACUCAAACAUGGAAGAAACUCUAAAUACACUGAGAUAUGCUGACAGAGCAAGAAAAAUUAAGAACAAACCUAUUGUCAACACUGAUCCCCAGGCUGCAGAGCUACAGCGACUUAAACAACAGGUGCAAGAAUUGCAAGUCCUGCUGCUUCAGGCCCACGGAGGAACUCUGCCUGUUUUGAACAGCAUGGAGCCAUCUGAUAAUCUCCAGUCCCUAAUGGAGAGGAACAAGAAUUUAGAGGAAGAAAAUGGGAAGCUGAGUAGGGAACUAAGCGAAGCAGCAGUACAGACUGCACAGUUCCUAGAGAAAAUUAUUCUGACUGAACAACAGAAUGAGAAACUGGCCAGUAAAAUUGAAGAGCUGAAGCAACAUGCUGCGUGCAAAGUGGACCUUCAGCGAUUAGUGGAAACACUGGAAGACCAGGAGCUUAAAGAAAAUGUGGGGGUUAUCCUAGACUUGCAGCAGGUCAUUAUGCAGCUCCAGGACGAAAGCUCUGGGAUAGCAGCCUCUAUUGAGGCUAUGACUGAAGUGGCUGCAUCCUCCCCAGAGUCGGAAGAGCCUAGGGACUCCGGAGAAAAACGGUCCUCUGAUGCAUUCACUACUGACCAUGCUUUGCGUCAGGCCCAGCUGUCUAAGGAGCUGAUAGAAUUAAACAAAGCUUUGCUGCUGAAGGAGGCCCUGGCAAGGAAGAUGGCCCAAAAUGACAGUCAGCUAGAGCCAAUUCAGAGCGAGUACCUGAAUAAUAUAAAACAGCUCGAGUCUGAAGUGGGAGCCCUGCAGAAAGAGAAGGAGGACCUUAUUAUGGCACUUCAUUCAGCCAAAAAAGACACCAACCAGGCUAAACUAAGUGAGCGACGUCGCAAGAGACUCCAAGAACUUGAGGGUCAAAUGACUGAACUUAAGAAAAAGUUAGGUGAACAGUCAAAGCUCCUGAAACUCAGAGAGUCCACAGAGAAAACGGUCACCAAACUGAACCACGAGAUCCAGGGAAUGAAAGUGCAGAGGGUACAACUCAUGAGACAGAUGAAAGAGGAUGCUGAAAAGUUUCGUACCUGGAAACAACAGAAAACUAAAGAGGUUAUUCAACUAAAGGAGAAGGACCGAAAGAGGCAAUAUGAGCUACUGAAACUUGAAAGGGAUUUCCAGAAGCAGGCCAAUGUCCUCCGCAGGAAAACCGAAGAGGCGGCCACUGCCAACAAACGACUGAAAGAGGCCUUGCUAAGACAGAAGGAGGCCAUGGAGAAAAGGAAAGAUUCCCAGAACAGAGGCAUGGAGGGUGCUGCCUCUAGAGUAAAGAGCUGGCUGGCUAAUGAGGUUGAAGUGCUUGUCAGCACAGAAGAGGCACAGAGACAUCUAAAUGACCUCCUGGAGGACAGAAAAAUCUUGGCCCAAGAUAUAGCACAGCUGAAACAGAAGAAGGAUGCUGGCGAGCGAAUCCCGACCAAAAUGCGGAGGCGCACUUACACUGUUGCAGAACUGGAAAACAUGGAGGAAGAGUCUUCUGUCACCAAGCAGAUUGAGAGCUUAGAGACAGAGAUGGAGCUCAGGAGUGCUCAGAUAGCUGAUUUGCAGCAGAAGUUGCUGGAUGCAGACGCUGAAGAGGAAAUGGUGAAACGGAGGUGGGAAACCAUCACCAACAUUAUGGAGGCAAAAUGUGCUCUCAAGUACCUGAUAACUGAGCUUGUCUCGUCCAAAGUAGCGGUCAGUAAACUAGAAAGCAGCGUAAAGCAGAACAGGGCUCACAUUGCUGAUCUGCAAAAGACCAUCUUUGAGGAGAGGAAUCGGAUGGCAGAGAUGGAAACUGAGCAUCAGAGCCAACUCAUGCAAUUGGAGCAGCAACAUCAGGAGAAGAUCCUUUACUUGUUGAGCCAACUGCAGCAGAAGCAAGCGCCAGUACCUGUACAGGUGGAAGAGCCACCAGCAGAGCAAAUCACUGAGCGGGAGAAGCAACUAAUGGAGAGACUGAGGUUCCAGGAUGAAGAAAUAGAGAAAAUGAAGGAAUUGUGUGAAAAGAAUCAACAGUUGUUGCAAGAAAAUGACAUGUAUAAGCAGAAACUGGCCCUCCUUCAUGUUGCAAGUGGAAAGAAGCUGCACAACAUCCUACCAACAGCUGUAUUGAACUCACCAGACUCACCCUUUGACUUUGUCCCACCUAAGCCAAGAGGCAAAAGGCGGACAAAUGCAAAAGCUGCUGCAGUUAUCUUAGAGUACCUGCUGUCCGAGUCCGAAUCUGAGGGCGAAUCGGAUGAUAAAAACUGGGAACCAGGAAAUAAUUCAAAACAGAGCAAGAAACUUCCAAGCGGGUGCUCAUGCAAGGCUCGUUGUGGUAACAAAAUGUGUGGCUGCAGGAAAACCAAGCAGAACUGCUCUGAUGAUUGUUUCUGUGACCCCUCCAAAUGUAGAAACAGAGAUAACAGAAUGGAUGAGGGAAAUGCAGACGAUCAAUCCCAUGAAUCUGAGAACUCUAUAAAGAUUGAUUACCCAGGAGAUGUAACAGCUGGGGGCUCAUUCUUCACUCCUCCCUGCGUGACACCCACUAAGAAGGUGCUACGUGAGAUUAGUGACAUUGGUCAGGUUCUGUCUAUCAAGCUGCAACGCAAGCCAAGCACUGUUCCUGCUUCUGUGUCUAUAAUGGAAUCACAGGAGAACCAAACCUCCAUCUUGAAGAAAAAGAAGAAAGCCUUGUGCAACAGCAACACCAGCUUCUUCUCUGGCUGUUCCCCAAUUACAGAGGAUGAGUAGAGCCGGCCUCUCAGUCCCAUCCGUCCUACUGCUAUUCCAUGUUUCACCGUACUCUUCAAUACUUAGUACCAUUAUAGUGCCUGGCACUGGCUGAAGCUCUAACCAAGUACAUCUGUACAAGAUAGUCACACUCAAGCAAACCAGGUUUUAAUUGUCCCAUGCAGUCUGUGAUGGUAGCACGUGCUAUGGACAGCUGAAACACGUACUUAGAAAUUAGCAAUUACAAAUUAAAUAUUAACUUGAUUUGUAAAUAUUUAUGUGUUUGUGUAGCGGGCGAGCCCGUGUUUCUGUGUUGCAAGUCCAAAAUGCUUCUGAGCUCUGGCUGGUGUUGCUUUUGUCAGUGGUCCAAAAUAGAUUUAGAAAGCCAUCUGUUCUGUUUCAGUUUAUAACCUAAUAGCUAUUAGCCAUUUACCACUCCCAGCAUUCUCUUGGCAGUAUAGCUGAUGGCUGACUCAUACAGGUCACAUAGUCCUGUAACUGCUCUUUGCCCAGCAGGCAGCCUGCCCCUGGUCAAUAAUUUUCUCAUGGAUACCACUGAAAGCCAUGAUAGGCACCAUCUCCCCAGCCAGAACAGUCACCCUAAUCUUGUAGGUGUCUUAAGUCUUGUGCAGCUUCUUGUUCUAGACCUUUUAUGUAUAAUUUUAGCAGGAAUGAGUCCUACGUGGCUGUUCAUAUUUUUUUUAAUGUUUGUAAUUUUAUUACUAAUAAAAUAUAAACAAAU